AUGCAAUUAAAGUAGAAAAUGCUUAUGAAGAAGUGUUUUUUUUGUAUACUGUAGGAAACCCAUUGGAAUGGGAACAUAAUCAAGUUAUAUCGCAAAAAAAAGAUUAUAUUGGGAUAAAUCAAACAACAAUAACAAUCUUUCAAAAUCAAUCAGAACUUUCAAAGAUUGGUAGUACUGGUAGUGUACUUUGGGAUUCGAGUGUUUUGUUAUUAAAAUUCUUAAUUAAACAUCAUGAUUGGUUAAAUUUUUCAAUUGAAAAAACAAAGAUAAUCGAAUUGGGUUCAGGAUGUGGAUUGAUAGGAAUUGGUGUUAUGCCAUUUGUUAAAAUAUUUAUGAUGACUGAUCAAAUUUCUAUGAUAAAACAUAUUUGGAAAAAUGUAAAGUUAAAUUUAAAUAUUAAAUUAAAUUGGUCGACGGAAAAUGAGAAAUUAAUAGAUAAGGAAAUUAUUAAUCAGAAUUGGAAUUAUGUGGUGUCUAGUGAUUGUAUAUAUAAUGAAUUUAUUGUUGAUUCGUUCGUUGGAAUGUUAAUCAAACUAUGUAAAUCAAAAAACCAUAUACUUACAUCUCCUUUUUUUGUUGAUAAUGAUGGUGGUGGUAGCGACGAUAGUGAUAGCAAUGAUGGUAGAAAUAAAAAAAAUAACACAACUAUAGUUGUAAUAUCUUUAAAAUUAAGAUCCGAUAAUGUUCAUUUAGUAUUUAUGGAAAAGUUUUUAGAAAGUUUUGUGAUUUGGAGAAUGCCAAAUUCAAUGUUUGGUGAUGAAUUUAGAAAUGGAUAUGUUAUUUAUUUGGCAUGGCUUAAAUAG